AUAAAUUCUCGUGAAACACCCAAUCGUACGAUUGAAGAUCUGCCCGAUAAAACGGUGGCAACACUUAUAUAUGAAAACAAUGUCAACGCAUAUAUGGCGGGCAAACUUGAGGGUUACAUAACGGGUGGACUCAUUCAUAUGCAUAAUCUCAACACAAUCGACGGGUUUUGCGCUAAACGUAAACAGUUUUGCGAUGCGCUCAAGACUUUUUACGAGACGAACACCGCUUUCAUCGAUACUAUGAUUGAAAGUCACGCAAACGACGACUAUUGGCACCAAUUAGGGCUCGUUUACGACCAGUUGCGGGGCUUAGGGGUUGGGUAUGCGGACUGGAAAGCGGAUAAUAACGUCACCAACACUGUGGAAAUGGAUGUAAUGAGCGAAGUCUGGUGGUUGAACAUAAUGUUUGAAAGCUAUGAUCUCGAGGCAAUACUCACACCCAACUCAACCACGAUCGAGUACCAAGACCAUUGUUCGGCCAUGGUCAAAGUGUUGCCCGAAGGCAGCGAUCUAUAUGUGGCGCACAACUCAUGGAUCAUGUACGACAUGAUGCUCCGGGUGCACAAACAAUAUAGCUUUGCAUUCAAAAGUCUAGCUACAGGUGCUUUAAUACCGGGUCAUUCAGUUGCCAUGUCCUCCUAUCCGGGGUUAAUCUUCUCGGGCGACGACUACUACGUCCUGUCCUCUGGACGCGUAGUCCAGGAGACGACUAAUAAUAAUUAUAACAAAUCCCUGUACUCUACUGUACGACCCAAUCAAGUCGUGUUAGAGUUUGCCCGCAAUGUUGUGGCCAAUCGGUUGGCCACUGGAGGCGGCCAGUGGUCGGACAUAUUUGGACGCUAUAAUAGCGUGACAUAUAAUAACCAGUUCAUGAUUGUUGAUUAUAAACUCUUCACCAAGGGCACGCCAGUUCAUUCGCUGACAGAUAAUUCACUCUGGGUGUGCGAACAAAUGCCGGGCACUAUGACCGCGGCUGAUAUGACCAAGGUGCUCCGCGAUACCACCUAUUGGGGUUCGUAUAACGUACCCUACAACGAGACUGCACGGGCACUUAUAUUUCACCGAGAUCAUAAUUCCGUAACCGAUUUGAACGCGCUCUAUUCGCUGAUGCGCUCCAACGACUUUCAGCAUGAUUUUUUAUCGCAAUGUCACCAGUAUCAUCAAGAGUGUCAACCAGGGUACGCUGGCCAGUUGGCCAUAGCGGCCAGGUACGAUUUGAACUCACCCACCGGUCCUACCCAAAGAUUUUUCAUCUCGUUAUUUCCGGGGCUAUUGACGCCAAAC